AAUCAAAGACGAAAUGGCGAACACUUCGAGAUACGUAUACCAGGAAAAAAAGGGAAAAUAAAACCAGGAGUGGUCAGGCAGGUUGCAAUACGAAGCAGUGGGAAUGCAUGGAUUUAUUUGCCUUCCUGAAACUAAUUAACCCAUACGAAGUUUGCACGGCAUCAAAUAUUAACAACCAACCACCCACAGCUGAUGAUCCUAUAGAAAAUGAAAAUAAGCUUGAAGAGUUGCCUGAUGUCCAGUCACAGUCGGUACACCAGUCACAGUCGGUACACAAUGAAGAUUGCAAUUCUGACAGCCAUCAUGAAGUAACGCCAUCGGUUUCUGAAAGUACAACGGUGUCAACUCCAACAUCGCAGUGCCAACCCCCUUCCACGCCUCCUAUUGUGACCACAAGGAAGCGUGGAAGAACGACACAAGCAGACGAUUUGGGAAAAUCGCUGACGGAAUAUAUGCGAGUUCAACUUAAAAAGAAAAUUGCGAGUAACAACACGAAAGAAAAAAAAUAUGAUAGAACAUCAGAGGAUGCCUUUUUUGAGAGUUGUGCUUUAAGAAUGAAAAACUUACCUGAAGAGGUUAAGUCUGUACUACAGCUGUAAAUUUCUCAAGUAUUCUAUAAUGCUGAAAACAGAAAUCUACCGCCUCAACAGAUCAGACCUCUUCCAUGGCACAGUCAUUUGAUUUUAGGGCGAGCCCCCACCUACACUUACCCAAAUUUGACCACCAAUGCAGUGAAUUCAAACGAUAUCAUUGGUGAAUCAAUGUGACUUGCCAAUAUGUGAGCGUUUAUCUCCCAUUCAUGAUGUAGUAACAUUCAUGUAAUUCUG